AUGACCGACGAAGAGAGCUGGCAGAAGCCUCUGGACGGCUUGGACGCUAUCUCAGACUUCAACGACAAAUUUGACUCCAUCCAGAACGAUGUUACCCUCGAUGCGCUGUUAGGGUUCACCGAUCCGGCGACUCCGACCAACACACAAGGCACCUUUGAUAAUGUCACCUACAGCGCCGGCGAUAGCGCCAAUGGGCUCAACCAACCUCUCAUGGCGGACACCAAUCCAUUCCACCCAUACCCAGAAGAUUUCGGAAACCGAGCUCCCAGCAGUCCAUACUUUCAGUCCGUGGAGGCGGUCCCGUCGCAUCAGCAGGUCUAUCAGCCUUCGCCAUUCCACAACAAUGCGCAUCGACGCUCAGUCUCAGAGCCACCUGGAAUGAACGCACCGCCGAUGACCUUCCAUCGCGAGCGUCACUAUCUCGGCAACCCUGUGGCACCAAGAGCUAUGCCUCUGAAGAGUCAGCCAAAGCCCAAGCAGCCACGCUCUCACCCGUACGCGCGCGGCAGAGUCCAGCAGUCUCCAUUGCAGGUGUAUCCACCACAGCCGCCGCAGUAUCAUCAGCAGCAUCAGCAGGAGCAGCUACCACCGCAGCAUCGUCCGCACAUGCAGCGCUCGCAUACGACGCAACCUUUCCAUGGUCCAACCAGUGUGCCGUAUACCGCGCCAUCGCAGCACUACAACCAGUUCAUACCGCUCGUGCAGCCGCAUACAAUUCCUACUUCGAUGCCCGUGCCGAUGGCGACGCCGGAUGUUUCGCAGUACACUCAAGCUCGUUUGUGCACGCCAACGCCUCAGACGCCUCCUCUCCAGCAACAAUCCAUGAUUGAUCCGAGCUUGACCGGGUCGACAGGAGAUCGGAGUAUGGGAAUGCGUAGCGACUCUGGAAAGACGAUGAGCAUUCCGGUCACGGUGGAUGAAUUGAAGGAGAUGAUUUCUGAAGCGGUGAGAGUCGCAUUCUUUGGAGAGGAUAAGUCGAUGAAGGAGGAGAAGAACGUCGGCCGAUCGGAAGUUGGGACUCCGAAUGUGGAGAAGGAUAUUGUGGUGUAG